CGUGGUAAAAAUAGCAAUUUAUACCUAAUAUACUUAUAUAUUGAACAUUUUAUUAAAAAAAAACCUCUCUAAAUGUCAGGUACAAAGUAACAAAGAGAUUAAAUUUUUGCACUCUUUUUGCUUGGAGAUAUUUUCACUUACUUUACUCUUUGGAUAUUUUGCAAUGUUUUCUCUUCACAAAACAUAUUAGAGCUGCUUUUUCGAGCACGUAUAUAUUCUCUUUGGUUUUCCUUUGAAGUUUAAACGAGGUAUAAAAUAAACACUGCCCGCAAAAUAGUGCAAAAUAUAAAAUCUACAAAAAAAGACUCAUUUGUCACUUUUCCAAGUUUUUAUACAUUUUUAUAGUGUUUUGAAGCAGCAAUUCUUAAUAUGGACGUAUUGGGAUACACUGUUUUACAAGAGGAGUCAUUACCUGGCUUCCUAAAAGGGAGGCCGCAGAUGGCCAUGUUCCUGGCGUGUGCCGGGGCGCUGCUCUUGAUCACCGCUUUGUCGAUAACCAUCGGCAUUUUCAUCGGAUACACGUACUGCUACAUUGAACAUAAGUCUGGAGUUAUAAACGCCAAUGUCACACGCACCAACAUAAAAAUCAUCCCAAUGCACUCAUUCGAGUAUCCCGACAACAAAACCAGGACCAUCAAUGAUGCUAUCAUGAACAACUACUUCAUCUCCAAACUCCUGAGGGUGAGUGGUCUUCGAGAGGCACCAGCUCUAUCCUGGUCAGAACAGACAGAAAAAAAGCUUAUUGAGACCACUGCCUGAACGACAUGUAAAAUUUCAAAAGCAACCAAAGUUUGUGAUCGGUUGUCUUGGUUGUUAUAUUUGUGGACUUGGAUUGUUUAAGUAGCUGCGCUACGGGGUAUGUAAUGAACGUGCUAUUUAUAUAAAAAAAUGCCUAGAUAA